AUGGUGAAGAAGCCCGGCGGAGGCAUCCGCUUCUGCGUGGAUUACAGAGCCAAGGCAAGGUGGUUCACCAAGGUAGAUGUUAUAGCAGCGUUCCAUAAGAUCAGGGUCGCCCCCGGCGACGAGGAAAAGACAACUUUCAGAACGCGCUAUGGAUCCUUCGAAUGGCUGGUAGUUCCAUUCGGCCUGACAGGCGCACCAGCAGCCUUUCAGCGGUACAUUAACAGCGCGCUCCAGGAUUACCUAGACGAUUUUGUGUCAGCAUAUAUCGACGAUGUCCUGAUCUUCUCCUCUGGAAGCCUGCAAGACCACCGCGACAAGGUCGGCAAGGUCCUCCAACGACUGAUGGACGCCGGGCUGCAACUGGAUAUCAACAAGACGGAGCCGCUAACGCGGCUAACGAAGAAGGACGUGCCAUUCCGUUGGGAUGAAUUGUGCGAAGAAGCCUUCGAGAAGCUCAAGGACUUGUUGAUCACGGCCCCGAUCCUUGCACACUUCCAUCCAGAAAGGGAGACUAUCGUGGAAGCAGACGCUUCAGGAUUCGCGUCGGGAGGCGUGCUCUUGCAGAGAGAUGAUAAGGAUGGACUGGUACGACCUGUCGCAUACUUCUCGAAGAAACAUUCGGCAGCCGAAGCGAACUACGCUAUCCAUGACAAGGAGCUACUCGCCAUUCUCAGAUGUUUGGAGCAGUGGGAACCAGAGCUACGGGCAGUAGAGCACUUCAAGAUCCUAACGGACCACAAGAACCUGAGGUACUUCUACUCGGAAAGGAGGUUGACAGAGAGACAAGUGCGGUGGUCGGAGUUCCUGUCCAGGUUCCAAUUCGAGCUCGAAUGGAGGCCGGGCCGCAAGGGCGGAUUGCCUGACGCACUCUCUCGACGGGACCAGGAUAUGCCGGCCAACUACUCCGAUGAACGACUAAAGGGACGCAUUAUGAGGCUAUUCCAAAAUGAUCACCUUAGAAGGGUCCCAAUAUCGACAUUGUCUACCAACACCGAGGGUGCCCAGGAAAUCAACUUCGGAAAAGAGAUCAGGAUAUUUGAAGAUGAGGAGUUACAGCAGCUGUGGCACGCCGCACGAGAACGCGUCUGGAUACCCGGUUCGGAGCCGCUACGUACAAAGAUCAUCCAGGAAACUCACGACUCUCAUAUCACCGGACAUCCUGGAAGGGACCUCACGUACUCGACUCUGUCGAGACGCUUCUUCUGGCCGGGUGCCGCUAGCGAUGUACGUCGGGAUACAAAGAAAGGACUCCUAAAGCCGCUCCCUAUUCCGCAACGCAUAUGGAGCGAAAUUACCAUUGACUUUAUUACUGACCUCCCACCGUCGGGGAAAGAUGGCGCGACGAACUGCAUGGUGGUCACGGACCGACUCACCAAAGGCGUCGAACUCGAAGGAUUGAACGAUAUUUCCACAGAAGCGGUUGCAAGAAGACUCUUCGAACGACACUACCCUGUCCAUGGCAUCCCAACGGCUAUAACCAGUGAUCGGGGUCCCCAGUUUGUCAGUGGAGAACUGGUUAGACUUGCUUCCAAUCGCGAUGGCGACUAUUAA